AUGCCAGCUGCCGCAUAUGGCGGAGCCACGUCAUUGUUGUCCACGUCACCGCCUCCAGGUCAAGCAGACGGCUUUUCUUACGUCAGUCCUGCCGGCAUCGACGUCACCGCAACCCGUUCGGACCCCUCAUCCAUAUCAAACCUCUCCCGAACCUCCACCGGACCUCCGCUCUCCCAAGCUUCUACCGGGCGGUCUCUCUCCCGAGCCUCCAGCGGAGGCUUGAGCAGCAGCAGCUGGACCGGCGUUCCGCCUUGGGACUGGCCGGAGUCUCUAGCGCCCGCUUUCGUGGCGGGAGCAGCGGGCAACGGCGGCGGCGCAUGGGGGACAGUGAAUGGGUCAAGGGCGGGAGGAGGUGGCGCUGGGGAGGGUGCGCAGCAGCAGGGGGGAUUGCAGGGAAAGCCAGCCCUGGGAAUGCACUCUGUCGGCGGGUAUAUGCUCCCUGGGAGUGGGUAUGGCGGGACUGUUGCUGGUGGGAUGGGUGGAUGGGGAGGGUCAGGGGCCUUCAGCGGAGGGGGAGGAGCAGGGGGCGCAGGCGGAACGGGAGGAGCAGUGGGAGCGGUGGAAGCAGGGGCAGGUGGGAUUGGGAUCGGAAUAGAGGCAGGCGGAUCAGGUCGUCAAUCCUUCCUCGCAGCUUCCUCCACAUCCCCUCCUACGUUCACCCGUUCACUCACCGACCCUCGCAUCUUCGCCCCCCUCCAGGCCCCCUGGCACGCACCCGCGCUCUCCCCCUUUCCCGCUUCCGCCUCCCCCCCGCCUCCCCCUUCCGCCUACUCCCCGCCUCCCUCGUCCGCGUUUCCCCCGGGCUUCCCCCUGCCGUCCGUUGACCCCUUGUCCCCGCUGGGGGCGGGCGCGGACCUGCUGCUGUCCCCCACGCGCCCGCUGCCGGUGUGCCCGGCCAAGGGGCAGUGGGUGCGCGGCAGCCAGAUCGGCGCAGGGGGCUUCGGGAAGGUGUUUCAAUGCGUGAGCAGCAUGAGAGGAGACGUGUUUGCAGUGAAGCAGGUGGCGCUGGAUCGCUCCGAUGGUUCUGCCUGCCUGCUUCCCGCGGCCACCCCACGCCCCCUCAGCAUGACAGGAGAGGUGUUUGCAGUGAAGCAGGUGGCGCUGGAUCGCUCCGAUGCUGACUUCAGGGGCGACCACUCCAUCGAACAGCUCAAACAGGAGAUCAUGCUGCUCAGUCGCAUCAACCACCCCAACAUCGUGCAGUACCUCGGCUGUGAGAUUGACGACAAGUACCUGUACAUAUUCCUGGAGUACGUGGAGAUGGGGUCUAUUCUGAACGUGCUGAAGAAGCUGCCAGUGCGCCCCCAUGCGCUGCUCAGCAAGUAUGUGCGGCAGGUGCUGCAGGGGCUCGCCUUCCUUCACUCCAUGGAGUUCGUUCACAGGUCAGCAGCGGGAGGGGAGUGGGGAGGUGGGGGUGCAGGUGCCGCAAGGGCAGGUGAGUGGCAGGUGCUGCAGGGGCUCGCCUUCCUUCACUCCAUGGAGUUCGUUCACAGGUCAGCAGCGGGAGGGGAGUGGGGAGGUGGGGGUGCAGGUGCCGCAAGGGCAGGUGAGUGGCAGGUGCUGCAGGGGCUCGCCUUCCUUCACUCCAUGGAGUUCGUACACCGGGACAUCAAGUGCAGCAACAUCCUGGUGGAUAAGAGCGGCACCAUCAAACUCGCUGACUUUGGGCUCGCCAAGCAUUACUCAGCAUCGUUGGACAUGACAGGCUGCCGGGGCACUGUCUGGUGGAUGGCACCCGAGGUGAUCAACGCAUCAGGCGGAUACGACUGGGCGGUGGACAUCUGGUCGCUGGGCUGCACCGUGAUAGAGAUGGUCACGCUCUGGCCGCCCUGGUUCCACCCCGCCUCCGGCUGCCCCAUCUGGGGCCGCGGCUUCGGCCCUGAAACGGCCUUCAUGAAGAUCGCAGGAACGCAGGUGCCUCCGCCCAUCCCCCCCGGCCUGUCGGAAGAUCUCGCAGACUUCAUCGCCAGCUGUCUGCACCUCGACCCGCGCCGCCGCCCCGCUGCCACUGCCCUGCUGCGCCACCCCUUCGUGCUCGCGCACUCCCCCUACUCCUCCCCUGCAUCAUCACGAAACCCUCAGGUGUACCCGCCGCUUCCCACCACCAUCUCCACCACCUCCCACCGCUCUUCAUCCCACUCCUCUCGCCUCUCCUCGCCCUCCCAGGCCCCCCUUGAGUUCUCUCACAAGCCCCGCUCCUCCUCCCGCUCCUCCUCCUCCCUCAUCUCCUCCCCCUCCCAGGCGCCUGCUCCCUUCCUCUUCCCCCCCUCCUCCUCCAUAAGCCCACAGCUGCAGUCGUCGCGGUGGGCAGAUGUGUCUGCUGCCACGCCUCAUGCACCCACUGCUGAUGCACCCACUGCUGCUUCACUGCUUCACACUCACGCUGUGCCUGCUGCUCCACCUCAGGCUGGGGCUGGGACUGGGGUUGGGACUGGGGCUGGGGUUAGGGCUGGGGCUGGGGUUGGAGUUGGGGUUGGGACUGGGGUUGGGGUUGGUUUGCAAGGAGGUGGGGGGUCUGGUUCCCUGGCCCCCUCACUCCUCAUCUCUUUGCCUCCCUUCCCACUCCAAGCCAACCCCGCUGCAGCUGCUGCCGGCGGUGUAAAGCCAGAGGAGCGGGAGAGAGAGCGGUGGUGGGAGAAGCAUGGAAAGGCUAUGCAACGAGAGGAGAGAGAGAGGGGGUGUGAGGAGGAGGAGGGGGGAAGUGUGCAAGGAGGGCAGGGAGAGGGGGCGCAGCGAGGUGUGAUAGAGGGGGAGCAGAGGGGGCAGGGAGGGGGAGCGCAGCGAAGGCUGUUGGAGGCAGCAGCAAGGGCAGCAGCAAAGGCAGCUAGAGAGUGGAGGGAGGGAGGAAGUGACGUGGCACUGGAUGCUGACCUGGCAGUGGCGCCUUCUGACGGUGAUGGGGAUGGUGGACAUGAGGGGAGAGGUGCAAGUGAGCAGAGUGGGAGAACGAAGUGGGAGGAGAGUGAGAAGAGGAGCGAGAGAGGAAGUGUGACGGGAAGAGGGAGUGAGCGUGAGAGCAGGGAAGAGAGUGGGAGGGAGAGUGGGCGGGAGAGUGGGAGGGAGAGUGGGAGGGAGAGCCGCAGCGGCAGGGCGAGCAGCAGAGCGAGCAGUCGGGGCAGUGAGGGCGCUAGCAGUCCCAGCCACAAGCGGGGCAGGUCAACGCGGGAAGGCAGGUCAACGCGGGAACAUAAGGCAAACCGUGAAGGCAGAUCAUCUGGGGAAGGCAGGUCGCCUAGGGAAAGCAAAUGGCGCUUUCCCCUCUUUGGUAGGUCCAGCAGCUGGGCAGGGGCAGGGCGGAAAGAUGGUGAGGCAGGAGCAGGGCAGAUGGAUGGGGGGCAGGGGACUGGGCUGAAUGGGAAUGGAUGCGAGGCGGCAGGAAAGGGCGAUGAAGAGGGGGGGAAAAGGGGCCGGAUUGGCAUGAGUGUGAGGGAAGGGUUAAAACGGGAUGGAGGGGCGGAGGCAGCACAUGCGGGAGAGAGAGACAGUGUGCUGGGAGGAGGGUUGGAGAGAGAUGGAGGGGGGGAUGAGGCUGAGAGUGAAUCUGCUGCACCUCCCUCCUCUCCCCGCCGACUUACAUCCCCCUCUUCCCCCUCCAACUCCAGAAACAAUCCCGUCCACCACCGCUCCUCACUCAUCCCCCUCCCAGCACCCACCAUCAAAGUCAUGGAUCCCAUUGUACCUCACCCCACCGCACCACAAUCCACUGUACCUCAAUCCUCCGCACUGCAACCCACCGCACCACAACUCACUGCACCGCAUCCAGUUGCCGGUGAGCCAACUCAGAGUGGGCGGGCGGAUGCAGGCUCAGAUGUAGGCCACUCAGAUGGAGAGCGCCGCAGAGUGCCAAGGAAGAACGCUGCAGCUGCAACAGCCCUUCGGAUUGCAAGGUCGAUUUCAGCUUCACAUGUAGAAAGGGAGGAUCUUGCUGCGGCGGCGGCUCAGAUUGGUACAGCGGAAUCAGCCUCAGAUGCAGACAUUACAAGGCAGAGGCAGGGUGGUGGUGAGAAGAAGGGGCGAGAGAGAAUGCGCGAGACAGCGUCCCUGUGGCAGAAGUUCCAGGCGUUGAAGGUGGGGGGAGGGGUGCCCAGUGGGGAAGCAGUGUCACGGCCAAGCAGUGGGGAAGCAGUGUCACGGCCAAGCAGUGGGUCGCAGCAAGGGGAUGCAGAGAGGCGAGGAGAAGCAGCGAGAGCGGGAGGUGUGGAGAGACAGCAGCUGGAAUCGGGGAGAGGGGUGGCAGCAGUGCCACGGCCGACCAGUGCACUUUUCUCAAGGCCGGGCAAUGUGUUGGAGCAGCAAGGCAGUGGGUUUGAGCAGUCUUCUUUUGAGGCGCCGCAAAAGCUGGCAGCAGCGUCACAGUCAACCAGUGCCCUUUUCUCUGUGCCUGACAGUGCGUUUGAGCAGCAAGGCCGAGCAGCGGGGGACACAGAUACAGCAGUGUCAGGGCGGAAUGGCACAUCGGGUUCAGAGCAGGAAGGGGGAUCAGUGAUGCUAGCAGCGGAAGGGGGGGCGAUGGAAGAGUUGGAGGAUGUGCUGGGUCCUCCGAGCAUUGUGGUUCCGCAGAGAAAGAUUCUCAAACACUUCGUGCCGCUGCCCACUGCUGCUUCAGCUGCUUCUGCUGCGUCUGCUGCUGCUGCCGCUGCUGCCCCUCUGCACGCACCUGCUGCACCACUGCCUGCUUUUUCCGCUCCUGCUACUACUGCCACCACGCAGCACUCCUCCUCUGCCUCCCCUGAGACACUGUCCUCGCAACAUUCCCUCUCCCAUUCCACAGCCCUCCCUUCCACUCCCCCCCUUCACACUCCCUUCUGUCCCUCACCUCUUCCCCCCUGCACCGUUCCCCCCCUCACUGCUACCUUCUCGUCCGCCCUUCCCUUCAGUAUCCCCCUCUCCCCCGCCCGUCCCCACCACCGCCCUCCAGCCACCUACUCCCGUUCAAUCAACCCCCCUGCAAUCCAAUCUCCUGCAAUUUUCUUCCCCUCAAGGUGUAACCAGAAGCACAGGCACACACAGCAGUGCGCUUGCAUGCAGCAGCACCUCUGA